CUGACAAACAGCAGAUCAAGAACGUGAGCUAAAUUCUGAAUAUAUAUUUGGCUUAAAGGAACAAGCUUUGUGGUAUGCUAGCAAUGGGGGAAUUCAAACACUUUGUAAUUGUUAAGUUCAAGGAAGGUGUGGCAGUCGAUGAGCUCACCAAAGGGAUGGAGAAGUUGGUCUCAGAGAUUGAUGCUGUCAAGUCCUUUGAAUGGGGAAGGGACAUUGAAAGCUUAGAUGUGCUGAGACAAGGUUUCACUCAUGCCUUUUUAAUGACAUUCAACAAGAAAGAAGACUUCGCUGCAUUUCAAAGCCAUCCAAAUCAUGUGGAGUUCUCCACAACAUUUUCAGCAGCAAUUGAGAACAUUGUGCUGCUGGAUUUCCCAUCUACUCUUGUCAAGGCCCCAGCAUGAUCCUCAACAUAAUAUUCCACCAAUAAAAAAACCCUCUUCAAAUUUGUUUAGUGUAUGUUUUUGCUUGUGUUUCUCUAUCUGUAGUUCUGCCAUGAGUUGUUGUUACUGCAAUAUCUCAUGCGAUUUGUAACCCGUAGUAUUAUGGAUUAUGAAUUAUAAUGAACUAUUUUGCCUUAUAA